AUCAAACACAAACUUUUCACAACAUGAGAGCCUCAAUGAUCUCACUUCUCUUUCCUCUCAUAGCAAUCCUAAUAACCACAUUCACACAAAUCUCAUAUGCUCAAAACUCACCACAAGACUACCUCAACAUUCACAAUAAAGCACGUUCUCAAGUUGGUGUUGGCCCAAUAUAUUGGGAUCAAAAUGUUGCUUCAUAUGCACAAAACUAUGUAAACCAAUUAAAAGCAAAUUGCAAAAUGGUACACUCAAAGGGUCCAUAUGGUGAAAAUUUAGCAUGGAGCAGUGGUGACAUAACAGGAACAUCUGCUGUUAACAUGUGGAUUGAUGAGAAACAAUACUAUGAUUACAAUAGUAAUACAUGUGCUGUUGGUUAUAGAUGUGGACAUUAUACUCAAGUUGUUUGGCGCGAUUCGGUUCGCGUUGGAUGUGCUAAGGUAAAAUGUAACGAUGGUCGGAGUACGAUUAUUAGUUGUAACUAUGAUCCUCCUGGUAAUUAUAUUGGUCAGAGGCCUUUUGAUGUUGAUGCUUUUGAAUUGCCAUUGAGCUUCAACCAUGUUGUGAAUGAAUAA